GCAAGAUGGCGGAUUUUGCAAGUCGAAGAGCUGCUCGGCGCAAAAGAAUAUUGGAAAAUUCUGAUGAUCGAAUGAAAAAAUUGCUUGGAACAUAUGGUAAAGAAAAGCAAGAUGAAGGUCACACGGAACAACCAGAUGCCGAUCCACCACCUUGGAAAGAACCAGCUAAAGAAAAUACUCCAUCAUCAGACACACCAUCAAAUGAUGCCGCACCAUCAAAUGAUGCCAGUGCAUUUUCAUUGCUUCCUGAAUCUGAUCAAGCCGCAGCAACAAACGGCAAUCAUGAUGGUUCUGGUGAGACAAACAGCAGUGGGCUGAGAUUACGAAUCAAUCAGAAUUCUGAUUUGACGGAAACCAGACAGACUGAAAACAAACAUUAUCACAGGGUCGAAAACAGUGAGACAACUGCACCAGAGACAGAGCAACAGAUUUUACGCACAGGGAAAUAUUCAAGUAGACCAACUGACGUAGACAAAACAGAUGAAGCUGCAGAGAUUGCUCAUCAAAUAGGCAUUCUCAGAUUGCGGGUUAUAUUGUUUUUCAUUGCGGCUGUGAUUGUGAGGCUGGUGCUUGUAUCUGGACUUGGUGUACUUUACACACAGUCCACAGUGUUGCCAUUUAUCCUGGUGGAAGCUUCUUUUCUGAUGUACCUAUCUUCAUCUCCAGAGGGAAUAUUAAAUUCAUGUGGCCAACCUGGAGGCAGCUUACUGACAUCAGCGCUGAUGUUGUCUGGGAUACGACCACAAGUGAUCACGUCCUAUACAAACAUUUCUACAACAUUCUCAAUGUGUUUUGAAGACUUUGCAGUAUAUUUCUUUUCAUUUGUCAUGACACACUGGCUGAUACGGUGUUUUGAAUGAAAAAAGCAAUAAUAAUGUUUUCUUAAAGAUGGCAGCGCUCCCAGAGAGUUGGUGAUCUCAUACAUGUAUGUGUAUUGGUCGCUGGGGGCCAGUGUGCCAUCACAUCAGCGCUGUGUGCUUGCCCUGUGUUGUCAAAACGAGAUAUUGUUUGUGCUGAUAGCUCCCUGGUGCCAUACUGUAUAGUGUAUGGAGUAUAGUGUGAAUUACACUGCGACACAACACGUAUAUCAUCAGAAUGAUUUUAGAAAUCGGUUUUGGGAAUUAUGUUGACAACUUCAAACUGGCAGUGGGUGAUAGUGUGGAAUAGUCUUCAGCUCGUUGAGAUGGGGUUGCAGAUGGGGGAGGGGGUUUCUACUGGUGACAUUAGUUUAGAUUGUCAUGUAUUCGCUAGACUAGAGGACCAAAUCUUAAUAUAAGCACUUGUUAGUCUGUCUAAAUUGUUUUCAAUAAAAUAAUAG